AUGGACCCAGACAAUCGGACUCAGCCGAACGCUGAUGACAGAGCGACAAGAGACGAGUCCUCUGCCACGAAUACCGACGUCCCAACAACCACGGAAGUGCCUCUAAAGUCACGGUUUGCUGGCUACAUCACGCUUGAGUACCUCCGAAGCAUUUUUGUGCAGUUUACAAUUUGGGCACCCACCAUCUACGGCUUGCUCCACUUCCGCGCCGGCCUUUUCACGAGCGAUGUCUUCAUCUUGGCUGAGUUGGCUCCUGCAUUCUUCCUGCCAAAUAUAUUCAUCUGUGUCCUCGCCAUCACAAUCGAGUACCUGCAAAAAACCAUCGACGCACAGAAGAGAACUCUAAGAGAAAAUGCGGAUACGGUAAAGGGAUUACAAGACGAGAAGAAGGCGUUAUCAGAAGAGCUUUCUACUUGUCUUCAGGGUAGAGAAGACGAGAAGAAGGCGUUAUCGGAAGAGCUUUCUACUUGUCUCCAGGGUAGAGAAGACGCAUAUGACAUGCAUCGGCAACGCAUCAACGAAGCCCGUCUCAGGCACUACACAUCUCUCCACAAGCACCAAAGCAGCACCAUCAGUUUCCUAGAACAUCUAUCCAGAACCCAUAACAAGACCCCCGACUCUCCAGCGCUAAAUAUCCCGUUCGAUAAGGUCUACAUGAUGCGAUCAAGAACACAAACGCGACUGAACAUAGCUGAGAAUAUUGAAAGAAUCCUGUACUCGAAGACUUUGCGCGCAUUGAAAGACGAGGGAGCUGAUGGCUUUAUCCGCGAGGUAGAGAGUGAUCUGGAGAAGGCGGCGGUGGUGGAUGGGUAUCUAAUGCAUUUGGAAGAUCUGGUGAAGAAUCCUGCUGCUCCUGCUAAAAUUGAUCCUGGGUUGGAAGUGAGGUUGAAUGGGCAUAGGGAGAGGCUGGAAAGGUAUUGUGAGGGGGAUUGGAGGGUUAGGAAUCAUUUGAGGAAGGUGGAUAAGGAUGAGGAGCAGGAAUAG